AUGGCUUCUAAAUUUGUAGAGCUAGCUGAUGUUUAAGAAAAUCAAAACCAAUAAAAUCUUGCUGCUGUUUCUAAUAACGCAGCUGCAAUUAAUCCCCCUAAUCUAAAUACAAAUGAAAAUAUAGCUGUCAAAUAAGAUUAAAAAGAAACAUAAAUUAACAAAUUUUAAGCUUUAUUUACUUAAAUAAAUGUAAUGAUGGGAAUGGGACCUCUAAUUCUUCCUUCUGUUUUUUAUGAAUCAGGUGUUGUUUUAUCAGGUUUUUUUUUAAUAUUGAUUGGAUUUUUUUCGUAUAUCUCAGCUGAAUUUAUAAUUGAAGGAAUGUCAAUUUGUAACUAUAUUUAGUACACAAAACAUAAAUAUGAAAAAACACAGCUAAAAACUGAUAAUGAAGCUGUUUAAUAAGCAGAUUCUGAUAAAAUAGCUAAUUAGUAAUAAUAAAAUCCUUUUGAACUCAACCAAAAGUUCGAAUAUGGUGAAAUGGGUGAAGUUUUAAUAGGCAAAAUAGGAAAAUUUGUAAUCUCUUUAAUUAUUAUAUUUUAUUUAAUUGGAGUUAUGAUUAUGAAGUGCAUGGCAACUGCUCACGUAAUGUCUAAAGUGUUUGAGAAUUUUUAAAUUCUAAGCAGCUAUAACCUUUGGCUUAUUUCUUUUUUCUUAAUAUCAGCAGUGUUUUCAUUCAAAAAUGUUUAAGAUACUUAGGGUUUAUAAUCUUUUAUAUUCUAUAUUCGUGUAAUCACAGUGAUUUCUAUGCUUAUAGGUUGCUUCAAUUCAAUUUAUCUAACAGGAAUGCAUCCUCUUUAUAAUAAAAAUUAUCCUCCUAUCUCAUUUUAAGGAUUUAAUCGCUUCUUUUCCAAUGCAGUAUUUGCUUACAACAUGCACCAUAGCUUGCCAUCUAUGUCAAAACCUAUUCAUCCUUCUAGAGACAUCAAAAAGGUGUUAAUGAGCUCUUUUACUAUAGCCAUUUCAGUAUUUUUUUCACUUUGUUUGAGUGGAAUAUUAGCAUUUGGAGAUUCUCUAGUCGAGUAGCAUGACUUGAAGCUUUUUAAUUUCAAUUUCAAAGAAUAGUCACCAUUUGUUUAUUACUUAUCAGGUUUUUAUGUAUUUUUAAAUAUAACAGCUUUUCCAGUAAUGACAAUAACUUCAAGAAAUAACUUGUUAGCUUUCUUCCCUAGUUAAUAAAAUACUUAAACCUCAAACGAAAAUCAAUAAUAAUAAUAAUAAUAAUAAGAAUAAUAAAAUAACAGUGGAUUUACUUUAAAAAAUAUAAUUGGAUCACUAAGUAUAUUAAUACCAGUAUUUUUUAUCAGUGUAUUUGUUAAAAAUAUUUAAGUUGUUCUUAAUGUAAUUGGAGGUAUAUUAGGUUCAAUAAUGCUCAAUAUAAUACCUGCAUUCUUAGUUAUUAAAGGGAGACAAGUAACUUAAAAUUUAACUCCAGAGGAGUAAAAAGAUUUCUUUCAUAAAACUUUAAUAAGUUCAAAUAUAAUUCCUCUAAUGACCUUAAUCAUAGGAAUAUUAUGUUGUUUAUAUAACUCAUAUUUAGUUAUCCAUGAAUUGUUUAUGUGA